CAUGCGAAAAUAAAAGAAUGUAAAGCAAAAUAAAAUGAGAAACUCAAGAGAAAAGGAACCCAUCAGAACCCCUCAGCAAGAUGGCGGCUGCAGUGACGUCUCCACAGGCUCCUCCUUUCCUUUUGUUGUCACGUGGCUGAAGCGGACCAAUCAGUGCUGCGUGUGUUAAAGAUGUCAACAGUCCGUCGGAGCAGCGGAAUGCUAGCGGACUGUUGGCCCUAAGGGGCGAAUUUAGCGCCACUUAUCGACGUUUCCUGUCAGGAUUUAUUCAUUUAAUCUUUGUUCCACCAGAACUGUUCUGGUUCCGACUCAUUCCGGCCUUUUCUGGGUCGCUUCUCCCUGCUGAGCUGUUUACAUCCCAUAUUAUUCCCACUGUCAGCUGACAUUCCCAGCUUCUGUGAAGGUUACCAUGGAGGUUCUGGAAUGCUAGGACCAUGUUCAAGAAUGUGUUCGGUUCGGGUUUCCUGGUUCGGACGGCCCAUGUGGUUCUGACCUGGAUCAUCACGCUGAUCCUGUUCCUGUAUGACACAGAGCUCAGGAAGCAGGAGGAGACGGGCCAGGUUCUGCAGCCGGUUCUGUUCGUCCUGUUGGUUCUGGUGUCGGUGCUGCUGUACUUCGCUGUUUCCCUCAUGGAUCCUGGGUUCAUCCUGUCUGAGGACAGCGACCUGCAGUUCACUCUGGGCGUGACGGAGGAGCAGCAGGAUAUGAUCCCAGCCAGCGCCAAAUCCCUGCGCCGCCGCCGCUGUGCUCACUGUCUGCUGCAGCAGCCAAUGAGGUCGAAGCACUGCCAGGCGUGUCAGCGCUGCGUGCGGCGCUACGACCACCACUGCCCCUGGAUCGAGAACUGCGUGGGCGAGCGGAACCACCGCUGGUUCCUCGUCUACCUGGCCGUGCAGCUGCUGGUGCUGCUGUGGGCGCUGCACGUCACCUGGACGGGCUUUGGCCCCGCCCCCUCCUGGCGGCCGUGGCUGCGCUCCAACGGCGUGCUGCUGGCGGUGGGCGCCCUGCUGGCGCUGCUGGCGCUGGUGGUGCUGCUGCUGCUGGGCUCCCACCUUUACCUGGUCUCCAUCAACGUCACCACCUGGGAGUUCAUGUCCCGCCCCCGCAUCUCCUACCUCAGGCACUGCGGCGCCGACGACAACCCCUUCGACCGCGGCGCCGCCCGCAACCUGUGGGGCUUCUUCUGCCAGUGGGGGGGCGUGGCGUGGGAGCAGGCGUACUUCAGGGAGGGCAGCGACCCGGUUUAGGCGCCGGAGCCCGGUUCUGCCGUCAGAUCGGACCGGCUGGGAGAACUGCGUCAGAUCCAGAACCAGCCGGGUCUUUCCACGGAGUGUCCACCGUGUUUCAGCUGUUUGGAGCUCAGGGUUCUGUUUGGUGUCCGGCGGAACCACAGCGGUUCUGAUCCGUCGGUUCCUCUCCAGUGAGACGACGUUCUCCUCAGCUGCUGCAGUCCAAGGAUCCAGAGUUCUGCUGCUUUCCUCCACCGGGCCUGGAGGUUCUGUUGAUCUCAGACAUGAUUUGGAUCCGUUCAGCUUCAGUAAAUCUCUCUGAAGAACGAUUUACAGUUCUGUGGUUCCCCGCCUGGGUUCUCCGUCUCCAGUCAUGGUCACUGGGGUCUGCGGUUCCAAACCCAGAACAGUUUGGGGUCCGGAUCUCUGGUUCAGCCCGGCUACAACCCUCUACUGUAGAACUGGUUCCUGCAGCCCGCAGCUGCGGUUCUUUGGAUCUCUGGGGGGUUCUGAUGGUUCUCCUCCUCCCUGCAUGUGCACCAGGAACCUCAACGACCCGUAGAACCUUGGCCCCUGGGGGCCGGUGCUGCUGGUUUAGGUACCGGCGUUUUUCUCAGGGUCUCUAACAAAACGGUCGGGUUCUCCUGAUUAUACAGAUUAACUACAGAACCAGGAAGUGAGCCUCAGAACCAGAACCAGGAUCCCUUCCUUUGCUGCAGGUUUGUUUCCGCCUCUCAGAGGUUCUACAAGGUCCAGUUUUUUGGUUCUGGAUUCCUUCCCAGGACUGUUCCUGUGUUCCCCGGUGCUGUAAAACCCGUUUAAACCCAGAACCUGUUGUUUAAACCCAGAACCUGUUAUUUAAACCCAGAACCUGUUGUUUAAACCCAGAACCUGUUGUUUAAACCCAGAACCUGUUGUUUAAACCCAGAACCUGUUGUUUAAACCCAGAACCUGUUGUUUAAACCCAGAACCUGUUCUGUGGACUGGAGGGAUUAAAGGAGCAAUACGCAGAUUUUCCCCAUGAGAGCAAUAAAAGGAGCCGUAUGUCUGAGGAGUGAAUAUGUUUGAUAAUAUGUUUGAUGUUUUUUAGAGAAUAAAGAGGUUAGAGCCGUUAAA